AUGCGUAAUAAAGCUCAGAUACUUGUAGAGCCACCUAAUUACCAGUUAAUUUUUCUAAGUUUUAUUGGUGGGUGUGAAAAAGCAAGGUACAUCUAUAUUUUUUCCAAGUUAAAAGUUUUUAAUAAUAUUGUUUUAUUUCCACAGAAUGUCCUUAUAUCCCUCUUGAAACCAACAUCAGAUCAAAUCCAAGCUGUCCAGGAUUUUAGGCAAAAGAAUCGAGCAAGUACCUAUUUUAACCACUUGUCUGCUGUGAGUGAAUCUAUUCCUGCCCUUGGUUGGGUUACAGUGGCUCCAGCUCCAGCACCAUAUGUGAAAGAAAUGCUGGAUGCUGGUCAGUUUUAUACCAACAGAGUAUUAAUGGACUACAAAGACAAAGAGAAAACCCAUGUUGACUGGGCCCGUAACUGGCUACAGUUUCUGAAUGAUUUGCAAGCCUACAUUAAAAAGUACCAUACUACUGGCCUUAGCUGGAACUCUUCUGUAAGUACUUCUUUUGUUAAUUG